AUGCGUGCCUUUGCCCUAAAAAAACUACAGGUUCUUAGCCAUUAUUUCUGUUCAAAUUUACACAACAUUCGCAAAACAUCAUUUUCAUGGAACCCUAUUCUCUUGUCCCGCAAACUCCAUGAAGCAACUCCGGUUGAGAAGCUUCAUGACGACGCUUCAAUGAGACAAGAGGAACUAACAAUUGAGAGGAAACGAUCGUGGAUUUCUAGAGAGGAUACCAUUGAUCAUGAUGAGCAAAAACGUUUCCAAUUUCUUUUAGAAAACUUAGGGCUAACCACUCUUGUUCGUAUGAUUCACUUGCAUGGUCCGUCAAUAGGGUUUACGGGUUUUAAUAGAUUAGUGAAACUGUUGAUAGAGAAGGCUAGGUCGACUGGAGAUAAAUGCAUUUUGCUAGAACAAUUGAAUUUGAUUCGUCAUCUUUUACAGUCAAUGCCAGUUGUGUUUAGGUUUCAACUAGAAGAAGAAACAUACGGUCCACUUCUCAAGUAUAUAAUUGACAUGGGAGCUGUUGACGAAUUUAAAAUGUUCUCUAAAUUGAUUAAAGAUCAUAAUCACAAUUCAAUUUCUCGAUUGGGUUAUUAUGACAUGCUGAUGUGGAUAAGGGUUAAUGACGAGGAGAUGAUCCGCGAUGCUUGUGAAUAUAUUACAAUUGAAGAUAGGAAAAGAACAUCUAAAUUGCGAGAAAACUACUUUUUGGCUCUUUGUGAAAGUGAUCGCAAGGAACAGAUUUCGGAUGUUUCGAAAAAUACAAACAUUACAGAGUUUGCUUCAAAAUCUAUAUCAAAUAUAUUAAAAUCAUUAGGAAGGCUACAGUUGAAAUCUGAGGCAGAAAAGUUACUAUUGGAUUAUUCUGAAGAUCAUGAUGAUUGGGAAGAUUAUAAUGAUAUUUCAAACUUCAUUGCUAGUUAUGCAGUUAGCAUUCCAAAUUUAGAGGUUGAGCAUCUCAUAAAAGAGAUUGAGAAUUUGCAUGAUCUAAUGAAUAUUUCACCUUCAUCCUCUACGUAUGAAAAGCUAAUUUUGUAUUGUUGUGGUAAGAACAAGGUGGAUGCAGCUAUUUAUGUUGUUGAUAAAAUGUGUGAAGCAUUCUGUAUGCCCUCCAGUCAUGUAAUGCAAUCUGUAUUAGAGACUUGCUCAGAAACUAAUCUAGAUUUUCAGUAUUAUGAAGAGAUGGAACAAUCUGGGAUCCACUUCUCAAAAGAAGUUUUUGUAGCCCUUAUUCAUGCAUAUGCAGCUUACGAUGAAUUUGAGAAAGCAAAACAGAUUGUUCUAGAUCCACGCAUACAAGUGAAGUGGUUAAUUGAAAUUAAAAGCAUGCUUGUCUCAUCUCUUGCAUCACAUGGGAAAUUGUCCGAGGCACUUGUUUUGUUGGAGGAAAUCAAGAAAGCUGGACAAACUUUAAACCCUAAAGCUAAUCUAUGUCUGAUGGUAAGUUCUACCAUUGAAAUGUUUAAACAACUCAUGGAUUAUUUCAAACAUGGUGAGAACAAGAGCAAUUCUGUUUUUGAUGAAGGAGAUGGCGAGAGGGACUUUAAGAUAGGCGACGAGAUGCCAGUAGUGCUCUCAAGCUUUUCUCGCAUGGGAAUUCCAGUAGUGUCUGCUGCAGAUGAUAAAUAA